GCGGCGGCGGCAGCGGCCCCUCCCCCGGCGGCCGGAGCGGCGGGCGCUCCCCGCGAGGGGAGUUGGGCGGCGGGCGCCGCGCGGGCUCCGGCUCCUCACAGAUCUGCAACCAACAUAAUGCUGAAGCUCCCAAAUUGGAACAAGUGUUUCACAGAAUGGCACAAGCAGAACCUAAUCUGGACCAUGACAUAUCAUGGGUUCUCCUUCCGUCAUACUGGGCUAAAAUUGUUGUGGCAUUAAUUUCCUUCCUCUGUUUUGCUAACAGCUAUGAUGGAGAUUUUGUCUUUGAUGAUUCUGAGGCCAUCAUCAAUAAUAAGAAUCCAAGCAACAUGACCUUCAUGAUGACAGGCAUCCAAAAUUUGACCUUCAUUGAAAACUUGGGUGCCUCAUCAAUGUCAGUAGUGAGCCAACAAAACACUGUUAUGUCUGUGGACCUCAGGGCAGAAACCCCACUUGGUGACCUGUGGCAUCAUGACUUUUGGGGUAGCAAACUCAGCAGCAAUACCAGUCAUAAGUCGUAUCGACCACUGACUGUCCUGACUUUCAGAAUUAAUUACCUUUUUGCUGGAGGCUUCUACCCAGUUGGUUUCCAUGUCAUCAAUAUAAUACUGCAUUGUGUUAUCUCCGUGCUGAUGGUUGAUGUGUUCUCAAUAUUACUGGGUGGGCUGCAAUUCACUAAUAAAGGAAGAAGGCUAAACCUGGCUCCAAAGACAUCUCUUCUAGCUGCUUUGCUGUUUGCUGUGCAUCCAGUACACACCGAAUGUGUUGCAGGGAUUGUUGGCAGAGCAGACUUACUAUGUGCCCUGUUCUUUCUGUUGUCAUUCCUUGGCUACUGUAAAGCAUUUAGAGAAAAUAAGGAAGGACAUCAUUUUUCUGUGUUCUGGGUGCUGGUGAGUGUUCUCCUAGGUGCAGUAGCCAUGCUGUGCAAAGAACAAGGAAUUACGAUACUGGGUUUGAAUGCAGUGUUUGAUGCCAUGGUGAUUAACAAGCUAAAUGUUUUGGAGUUCAUUCAAAAGUUACUACGUAAGGACAAGUUACUGGAGAAUGCUGGGCUAUUAAGAAAGGGGCUGCUUUUCAGGAUAACUCUUCUGAUGUCUGGAGGGGCUAGUAUACUUUAUAUCCGCUGGAGGAUUAUGGGCACAGGGCCACCGGCUUUUACUGAAGUAGACAACCCAGCUUCAUUUGCAGAUAGUCUGUUUGUGAGAGCUAUAAACUAUAAUUACUACUAUUCAUUGAAUGCAUGGUUGCUGUUAUGUCCCUGGUGGCUGUGUUUUGAUUGGUCAAUGGGCUGCAUACCCCUCAUUAAAUCCGUCAGCGACUGGAGGAUAAUUGCACUAGCAGCACUUUGGUUCUGCCUAAUUGGCCUGAUAUGCCAAGCUCUGUGCUCAGAAGACAGCCAUAAGAGAAGAAUUCUUACACUGGGACUUGGAUUUCUUAUUAUCCCUUUUCUUCCUGCAAGUAACCUGUUCUUCCGUGUAGGAUUUGUUGUUGCAGAGAGAGUCAUCUACCUCCCCAGCAUUGGCUACUGUAUUCUGUUUACAUAUGGAUUUACUCUCUUGAGUAAGCAAGCCAAGAAAAAGAAAAUUCUUGCUGUCGCAGUACUUGGAAUCUUACUGAUAAACGUUACGCGCUGUGCGCUCCGCAGCAGUCAGUGGAGGUCAGAAGAACAGCUUUUUAGGAGUGCACUGUCUGUGUGCCCUCUCAAUGCAAAAGUGCACUACAAUGUUGGCAAAAACCUGGCUGACAAGGGAAAUCAAAGUGCUGCAAUCAAAUACUACAGAGAAGCCGUAAGGUUGAAUCCUAAAUAUGUACAUGCCAUGAACAACCUUGGAAAUAUUCUGAAAGAAAGAAAUGAGCUCCAAGAAGCAGAGGAGUUGCUGUCCUUAGCUGUACAAAUACAACCUGAUUUUGCUGCUGCAUGGAUGAAUCUAGGAAUAGUACAGAACAGUUUAAGAAGGUUUGAAGAGGCAGAGCAAAGCUACUGGACAGCAAUUAAACACAGGAAAAAAUACCCAGAUUGUUACUACAAUUUAGGGCGGUUGUAUGCAGAUUUGAAUCGCCAUAUAGAUGCAUUGAAUGCAUGGAGGAACGCUACAGUUCUGAAACCAGAGCAUAGUUUGGCUUGGAACAAUAUGAUUAUAUUACUUGAUAACACAGGCAAUCUAGCUCAAGCAGAAGCAGUUGGAAGAGAGGCCCUGGAGUUAAUACCUAAUGAUCAUUCCCUUAUGUUUUCUUUGGCAAAUGUACUGGGAAAAUCACAAAAAUAUAAGGAAUCUGAAGCUUUGUUCCUCAAGGCCAUUAAAGCCAAUCCAAAUGCUGCCAGUUAUCACGGUAAUUUGGCUGUGCUUUAUCAUCGCUGGGGAAAUCUUGACUUAGCAAAGAAGCACUAUGAAGUCUCUCUGAAGCUUGAUCCUAUGGCACCCGGGACCAAGGAAAACUACAACCUCUUAAGAAGAAAAUUGGAGCAAUUGCAAAAGAAAAGCGGUGCCUGAUGUUUCUUUUCAGGUUGUCUGUGCAUGCUGUUUACUGUUAAUGUUACAUGGUUACUUUUGACCAUGUAAAGGAUUCAGUCAUUGUUUCUCAAAAAUAACACCACCACCAGCAAUGCACAUUUGAAUGUCCAAUUAUGCCUUCCUACAGAUUCUAACAUUUCAGUUGGAGUUUGGAGGAUCUUUUUAUUUUCUCCUGAACUGCUUUUAAAGUCCAUUAGAACACUUUUAUAGGUAUACGAAAGCGAUGCAGAUGGAUUCACAGCUGUGAAUAAAUAGCAAUAUUUGCUUUCACUUGCAAUUUGAUAUCUUCAUCAGACUUUUUAGUAGCAGGAUGAAUAUCAGAAGGCAGUUUUAUUUCUGAAAGUGUUUCUGGAAAAAAGUGCAAUUUCCUGUUUAAACCCUGACCUUUCCAAGUAUGAAGAGUAUCUGUCCACUUCAGUUUUAUUACUGCUUUCUUCCGCCAGUCCUGCAGAGACAGUGGAAGAAUGGAUUCUCUCCAGCACAUCAGUUUGCUCUUGUAAUUUGAGUUACGCCCUUGAUCUUGUUUCUGGCUCCACCAUUUGAAGUGUAGGAUUUGUACAGGUGUAAAUGAGUACUGUAAAAGGUUUGUCAGCCAGUAUACUGCUGAGGUAUGCUUGAGUGAAGAAAGUACUCCUAGAUUUAAGGCAAAGAUUUUAGCAAGCAGCAAAGGGAAGAGAACAAAGUUUAAAAUGACAGAGGGGUAAGCUAGAGUUUCUGUUCUUGCAGGCCAGCCUCAUCUAGCAUAAACAGCUUGGGCCACAAAUCAGCUCUCACAGCCAGUCGGUGGUCUGAACACAGAAUAGCGUCUACAGGAGCUAAUUCCUGUGGCUUUAGGCACUGCAAUGCUUUCUGGUUAAGGACAUAAUUUUUGGCUCCUACAUUGUUGGUAAAUAAAGAGAGAAUUUCUGUGGAAAAAGUAACUGGGCAAACAACCUGACCGUGGCUAUUGAGGAAACUGAGGCUAUUGAGGAAACUGAGGCUAUUGAGGAAAAAAAUUUCCUAACUGGAAGGAAAUCUGGUUCCAUUUUUGUCUCCCAUGGCUCAUGAGCUUGCGGAAGAGACAGUUAAAUAAGCAUAGCUGUUAAUGUGUAAACUGAUCACGUUGAUGCCAGAUGAUUCGGAGAUGGUACCCAUUGAUACAGUGUCACUUUUCAAAAUGUGCUAUGAUUUAAUACGUUUAAACUCUGGCUGUCCAAAGUUGUUUGUCUUGUGCCAGUAUUUACAUUCCUGCUUCAGGAAAUCAUCACGUCUAUUUUAUUUGUUUUCUUGUUUGCUUGUUGUAUUUAAGAUUGGAAGAUUGCUAUCAGAUGUGAAAAUUAUGGAAUUUAGCGUCUCUUUUCGCAUUCCUUUGUUCUUUCUUUUUUCCCCCCAUAGGAAGACAUUGAUCAAUGCAGUGUUUGCAGCUUUCCUAAUGAGUCCAAUGAUUAUGUUAUAGGAGAUUGUGGACUGUUUCUCAUACACAACUCAUCUAUGUGUGGAACCACUUAAAACGUUGAGGGAAUGCCUGCCAUAGGACAGUAUGUCGUGUGACCUUGCCAUCUGACUACCAUAUCCUACAUCUGUGUCUUGAACCUAUAAUAGGCUAAUUUUAAAUUUGUUUGGAAAUGACAGUUGCUUCAAGAACCAAGUGUGUCUACAGAGCACAAUACAAUACUGCAGAGCUAUCCAAGCAUCCUCUGACAAAGUUCGUUUGGUAAAGUAGUGCAGCUACUUUAAUGUAAUAUUCUUUCCAGACUAACUAUAAAUCAAGACAGCAAGGCUCUGGCAAUGCAAUACUGUCCACAAAUUUGGCUUUGAAUGAAUGAAUAUGCCUGCAUUGCACAUACCCAAAUCGUAUGUUGUCAUACUAAUUUUAGUUGAGGUACCAGAGGGAUAUAUUUGUAUUUGUGCAGCGUUCUGCUAAUGUGCCCUAUCUCUCAGCAGGGCUAAUUGGUUCCUGUAGGGCCCCAAGUUGAUGCAUUGUAUCCACUUCUUCUGGUUUCCAGACAGAAGUUUCAGAAAGCAGUUUCUGAAUGUCUUUAUAGGAUAUAAACAUGCUUUUUGGUAAGUAUCCUUACUGGUCCAGCAGAACACUGCACCAGUGUGGCUAGUCAUCUUCUGAUAACCAGUAUAGUUCAGUCAGUACCAACUUUUGUACCCAAAAUGUGCUGAAAUAGAUACACCGUUCAGUACAAGCAGCACACUUUUAAGGCCUGGUAUGCAUCAGAUAUAGAGAACACGUAACUACUUUAGUCAUGAGGUAUUAAAGGGCUGGGAUCUGGCUGGAUGUGCUAGUUUAUAACAGAAAAUAGAUGUUUAAUAUAACCAGGUCUUUUCUGUAUAUUUGGAAUAUGACGUUGAGUUUAAAUUAUUAUUCUCAUCAUGAAGUUCAUAUGUAUAUUUGUGCCUGUUGGCUGCCAGAUUAGAUUUACAGAAAUACAGUAGAUCAAUAUUAUGUAUGGGGUAUGAAUUCUCUCUAGCUCAUUACAAACCAAAGUUGUUGCAGAAAUUCCUCUGUGGGAAUCAGUUUGUCCUCCUACUCAUGAGUCUUAAACGGAAAGCGAUACGCCAACAAGCCGAAUACCUUGUUGGCAUUUGAAAAUGGUGUUUACUCUUCAAUAGUGACAAUGUGAUUUAUUCUCAAUUGGUUUUUAGGCACCUAUUGUGUUACUGGGAGGGGUGGGGGUAUUUGUUUUAUAUCAUUUUUAGUGCUAUAGACAUUCAAUGUAAUUACUUGUAUGAUGGUAAUAAGGAUACACAUAUGAUUGUGCAUAAUUUUGACACAUAAAUUGGGUUCAAAAGAAGCAACAAACAACUGCGUUUUCCGUUAAAAAUUCCUUAAGACUUUCAGAAUGCUGAAUCCUAAGAAUGCGAAGGGUUUUUUACUUUAUCUUCAGAAUUAUUUUGAGAGUGUAAGUAAUACAGUGAGCUUUAUUGAAAUGUUUAUAUUAUCGUCCUUUUCUUGUUUUCUUAUACCUCAUAACUGACUCCUGGAAUAGUGCAAACCAGGCACCCUGGAUAAAAAAAAAAAACAGAUAUAGAGAAGUGUCUGAUUCUGUAGUAAAAUCAAGAAACAUGGAAACUUUUUUCCCCAAAGCUUGCUUGUUCAAAUACAGUUCUGAAGAGAGAAAUACAGAAUGAUUCAAUGCGCAGAAUGGAGUCAGAAAAAUGUUCACACUGAUUGCUAUAGAUGACAGCCUCUUUUCACCAAAAACUUCCAAGAGAGUUCCCUUACUGUAUGUUUCUCUCAUGUUUAGAACAAUGUCAUGUACAUGAAGUUUCCUGUUGUUUAAUUUCAUACUUAAGACUUAGAGAUGUGGAUUGUGUGUGUAUGAGCACUCAGAAAUAAAAAUCUUUGUUAAAAA